GUCAGCUCGGCGGCGGCGGCUGCGGGAGGAGGAAGCUUGGGGACCCUGGGCGCCGGGGCUCCUGCUCCCCGCGGCCUUCCAGCCCCUCUUCCCUGGCUCCCGGGGCCGGGCCCUGGCCGCAGAGCUUGGACCCCCCCAGCGCCGAGACAACCGCUGGCCCCCAGGGGACCGGGCAGCCGACGAGAUGUGGAGGGUGCCAGUCCUGCUCUUGGUUUUGGGCGGCGCGGGGCUCCGGGUCCCGGCAGCAGGAGCCAGCACAGUCCGGCCAGAUGACAUAAUACCAGGUGUAGAAGACAGCGUGGUGACCCCAGGCACAGAAGACAGCGUGGUGACGCCAGGCGCAGAAGAUAACGUGGUGACUGACGGUGCCACUGAAGAGCCUUAUGAGUCUGGCUUAACCCCUCUGGUGACAAAAAAUACAGAGAGUGUAACAGACUUACACUUAGAGGAUGGGCCGACUCAAGAAAGCACAGUCCAUGCCAAAGAAGAGAGCCAGAGCACCACAACCUUGAAUGUAGUGACUAGUCACUCCAGAGAGAAAGUAGGUGAAGACACCGAGACAACGGUUGAGAAAGAUGGCCUGGCAACAGUGACCCUGGUUGGGAUCAUAGUUGGAGUCUUACUAGCCAUUGGAUUAAUUGGUGGGAUCAUCAUUGUGGUUGCUCGAAAAAUGUCAGGAAGGUACUCGCCCUAAAGAGCUGAAGAAUUGUGCCCUUCUACCAACACAUUUAAAAGAGAGUUUCCGACUUCCCCGUCCCCAAGCAUGUGGGAGAAGAUGACCCAUGGAAAUGCUUGGCGAUCCCACUACCAAAUCCAUGGUGAUCCCUCCACUUACCAAAAGUAACCCAAGGAAAGACAGUUCACAAGACUUGCUCCUCUAGGCAGGCAUCUGUCUUCUGAAAAUGUUUUUAAAUAUAAAUUUUGCAAAAGAGGAUUCAAAAGACACAAUGCCUAGAAAAUGGAGCAAAACCACGUAAACUGAUUUGUAACUAAGACAAUAUAAUUUAAUUGAUGUUAGAAAUUAUGCUCCCAUCUCCGUUCUGACCAUUCUCUCGUAUUGUUAAAAUGCAAUCAAGCCUGGAAAUAUUUAUACCAGUGGAGCCCUUGAGUUGAGUGCGACGUUCAUAAACAGCAGAAGCAUUUUGCAAUUUCCGAUCUGUUGAAAUGUACACAUUCCAAUCUGGCCUGCUUUUUUAAAGCCUAACUUCAUGUGAAUAAUCAAAUAGAAAAAUCUAAACUUGUAUAAUAUGUAAUGACCAACUGCCUUUCCCUGGCCCAGAUAAAUAAUUUCAAAGGCGCCCGUGUUAGGUCAUAAACGGGAAGUCUAUGGUUUGGAGAAGGGAUUUGUUUAUCGCAAUAAGGUCAUCGGGCAGGCUCUAGGCUUGCUUAUUGCCUUCUCCAGCGAUGGCUUGGUGACUCAAAGGCUUGCUCCCACCUGCC